AUGAGUUCUGGACAUACUGAAUCAGGUACAAAAUUCUCAAGAAGUAUAAUUAAUUUGCAAGAUCGUUGUUCUAGCAACAUAAUGGAUAUGAGAUCAAGAAAGUUGAGCGUCUCAUCUCCAAGUACACCUCAUCAUAGAGUUGAGAAGAAGAAAGUGGAGUAUCAAAGAUCUCUAUCACAAGGCAGUGGGAGAAAGCUGUUUCCGGCGAGCUAUUUCAGCUUGGAAUCACUGCUGCUACUAAUAUGUCUCACAGCAUCUCUGUUGAUCCUUCCUCUGAUACUUCCGCCGUUGCCUCCGCCACCUUUCUUGUUGCUUCUGCUUCCUAUAGGCAUAUUAGCAGUGCUAAUGAUCUUGGCUUUCAUGCCUGCCAAUGCAAGGGAUAUAACUUAUACAUACGUGUAA